AUGAAGACAUACCUACCACUGCUCUGUCUUCUCGCAGGCUUGGGGAUAGAUGGGGCCCCAUCAAACAGGAAGACAGAAUUCAGCUGCUACGCAUGCGUGGACUUAAAGGAUGGCGAAAAAUGUGAACAGAUAUCGACUUGUCAAACUGGUCACGAACAAUGUAUGACCCAAUACGAGUAUGGAGAUCGUGGAGAAAUCAGCAUAUUUAAAGGAUGUUCUCACGUCACAUCUUGUAUGAACAAAGAGGAAAACAACCCCGAGGAGUGUUACUGGGCGAGUAUGGGAGAUUUCGAGGGGAAGUGUACGUUCUGCUGUGACGAGAGCUGGUGCAAUAACGAGAUUUACACCGCUAAGUCAGGAGUGGCACCAGAAAAUGAACAAAACGACGUAGUUCCACCACGGAAGUCGGCAAUAGACAGGCAUCAUCUUCCUUUUGUGUUCGGAGGAGCAAAUGUGAAUAGUAAGGCAAAGCCCCCUUCAAAGCCAGCCUCUACUGGACCUGGCCCUGCAGGUUCAAAACCGAACUCCGGUCCUGCAGGUCCAAAACCGAACUCCGCUGGACCAGCUCAUCCUAAACCAAAUACAAAGCCAGCCUCUACAGGACCUGGUCCCGCAGGUCCUAAACCGAACUCCGGUCCCGCAGGUCCAAAACCGAACUCCGCUGGACCAGCUCAUCCUAAACCACAUACAAAGCCAGCCUCUACUGGACCUGGUCCCGCAGGUCCUAAACCGAACUCCGGUCCCGCAGGUCCAAAACCGAACUCCGCUGGACCAGCUCAUCCUAAACCACAUACAAAGCCAGCCUCUACAGGACCUGGUCCUGCAGGUCCUAAACCGAACUCCGGUCCCGCAGGUCCAAAACCGAACUCCGCUGGACCAGCUCAUUCUAAACCAUCUACAAAGCCAGCCUCUACUGGACCAGCACAUGUUAAACCUUCAACCAAUACUGGACAUGGCCCGGCAGGCCCAGGAGUAUCAAAACCCAAACCAACAAACGCUCCAACAACUAAACCUCCCGCCACUCAACCUCCAUCGACUAAAUCUCCCGCUACCCAACCUCCGUCAACUAAAUCUCCCGCUACACAACCUCCGUCAACUAAAUCUCCCGCUACACAACCUCCAUCAACUAAAUCUCCCGCUACACAACCUCCGUCAACUAAAUCUCCCGCUACACAACAUCUAGCAUCUGGAGGUCAUUCUGGAGGUCAUUCUGGAGGCCAUUCUGGAGGUCAAUCUGGCGGUCAAUCUGGCGGUCAUUCUGGAGGUCAUUCCAGUGGCAGCUCUGGAGGACACAGUGGCGAAAGGUGUCAUCAACACAAUGGCAACAGCUGUUGUACUAACCACGGAAUAGACAUAGACGUACAUGUACACAUUGAUGCCGGGAAACUGGCAUCGAUUUUAAAUGGGAACACGAACCAGAACACCAACCACCACGGAAAUCAAAAUGGUAAUCAGGGAACCAAUAGCUCCAGUAGCAGUACCAAUAAUACCGGUUCCAGUAGCAACACAAGCAUCAGUUCAAACAACAAUGCUAGCUCUAAUAGCAGCACCAAUAACAACACAGGUUCCAGUAGCAACAACAGUUCCAGUAGCAGUAGCCUUAACAACACAGGUUCCAGUAGCACCACAAGUUCCAGUAGCAGCAACAACAGCAGUUCAAGUAGCAGCAAUCAUGGCAACACAACAUCUGGAAGUAGCAGUAGCCACACGAGUUCCAGUAGCAGCAGCAAUAGUUCAAGCAGUAGCAGCCAAAGCAACACAGGUUCCAGUACCAGUAGCACCACAAGUUCCAGUAGCAGCAACAAUAGCAGUUCCAGUAGCAGUAGCCAUAGCAACAUAUCUUCCGGAAGUAGCAGUAGCCAUACGAGUUCCAGUAGUAGUAGCAGCAACAGUUCGAGUUCCAGUAGCAACACCAGUUCCAGUAGCAGUAGCAACCCAGGUAGUAGUGCACAAACCAACACCCAUACAAACACAAACACCAAUACCAAUGCUCAAACCAACACAAAUACCAAUACUAACGCUAACACGAAUACCAAUACUAACGCUAACACGAAUACCAAUACUAACACAAACACAAAUACCAAUAUCAAUACUAAUGCUAACACCAAUAAUCAGAAUAGCACCAUCACCAACAUUCAGAACAACACCAAUGCCAAUACUAAUACAAACACAAAUACGAACAGUAACACCCAUAAUAGCACCAACACUAACACCCAGAAUAGUGCCAACACUAACACUCAGAAUAGCACCAACACUAACACCCAGAAUAGCACCAACACUAACACCCAGAAUAGUGCCAACACUAACACCCAGAAUAGCACCAACACUAACACCCAGAACAACACCAAUGCCAAUACUAAUACAAACACAAAUACGAACGCUAACACCCAGAAUAGCACCAACACUAACACCCAGAAUAGUACCAACACCAACACCCAGAAUAAUGCCAACACUAACACUCACAACAGCGCCAACACUAACACUCACAACAGCGCCAACCCUAACACCCAGAGUAGUACCAACUCUAACAUCCAGAAUAGCACCAACACUAACACCCAGAAUAGUGCCAACACUACCACCCAGAAUAGUGCCAACACCAACAUCCAGAAUAGUGCCAACACUAACACCCAGAACAAUGCCAACACCAACACCCAGAACAACACCAAUACCAAUAUUAACACAAACACAAAUACUAACACAAAUACCAAUACUAACACUCACACCAGCGCCAACACUAACACCCAGAAUAGUGCCAACACCAAUACCCAAAAUAUGACCAACACUAACACCCAGAAUAGUGCUAACACCAACACCCAGAACAACACCAAUACCAAUACUAAUACAAACACAAAUACGAAUACUAACAACCAGAAUAGCACCAACACUAACACCCAGAAUAGUACAAACACUAACACCCAGAAUAGUGUCAACACUAACACCCAGAAUAGUGCCAACACUAACACCCAGAAUAGCACCAACACUAACACCCAGAAUAGUACCAACACUAACACCCAGAAUAGUGUCAACACUAACACCCAGAAUAGUGCCAACACUAACACCCAGAAUAGCACCAACACUAACACCCAGAAUAGUGCCAACACUAACACCCAGAAUAGUGCCAACACUAACACCAAGAAUAGCACCAGCACUAACACUCACAACAGCGCAAACACUAACACCCAGAAUAGUGCCAACACUAACACCCAGAAUAGUACCAACACUAACACCCAGAACAACACCAUCACUAACACCCAGAAUAGUGCCAACACUAACACCCAGAAUAGUGCCAACACUAACACCCAGAACAACACCAUCACUAACACCCAGAAUAGUGCCAACACUAACACCCAGAAUAGUACCAACACUAACACCCAGAAUAGCAUCAACACUAACACCCAGAACAACACCAAUUCCAAUAUUAACACAAACACAAAUACUAACACAAAUACCAAUACUAACACUCACACCAGCGCCAACACUAACAGCCAGAAUAGUGCCAACACUAACACCCAGAAUAGUACCAACACUAACACCCAGAAUAGUACCAACACUUACACCAAGAAUAGUACCAACACUAACACCCAGAAUAAUGCCAACACCAACACCCAGAAUAGUGCCAACACCAAUAUCAACACUCAGAACAACACCAACACCAACACCCAGAAUAGCACUAACACUAACACCCAGAAUAGCACCAACACUAACACCCAGAAUAAUGCCAACACUAACACCCAGAAUAACACCAACACCAACACCCAGAAUAGUGCCAACACUAACACCCAGAAUAGCACCAACACCAACACCCAGAAUAGUGCCAACACUAACACCCAGAAUAGCACCAACACUAACACCCAGAAUAGUGCCAACACUAACACCCAGAACAGCACCAACACUAACACCAAGAAUAGUACCAACACUAACACCCAGAAUAGUGCCAACACUAACACCCAGAAUAGUGCCAACACUAACACCCAGAAUAGCGCCAACACUAAUACACAGAAUAGCACCAACACCAACACCAACACCCAGAAUAGCGCCAACACCAACACCCAGAAUAGUGCCAACACUAACACCCAGAAUAGUGCUAACACCAACACCAAUAUCAACACUCAGAACAACACCAAUACCAACACUCAGAAUAGCACCAAUACUAACACUCAGAAUAGCACCAAUAUCAAUACCAACACCAAGAACAGCACCACUACCAGCACUCAGAACAGCGCAAGCACCAAUACCAAUACCAACAUUCAGAAUAUCGGCAAUACUAAUGUUCAUAAUGCCUCCAAUAGUAAUACUAGCACUCAGAACAGUAUCACCAGUGCCAAUGGACGUCCAGUCAGCCUGAUGUCAUCUACAAGUACCACUCCACGGACUUCAAGU